AUGGGUACUAUUCCAGGCGUUCCGGGGGCCGACGGCAGUCGGGGACAAGCUAUUCAUACGGGCGGGCUACUAUCGGCGUUUGUUGAGAGCUUUGGAUCGAACAUGGCACCCAUUACGAAGUUAUUGCGAAAGUGGGCACUCACCUUGCAGGAGUUUGACUCUAAGGUCGAAUACCGGCAGGGUAGCACAAACCUGGUCGCGGAUGCAGUCCCCCGACUACUUGUGGUACCUUCGGACAUGCCCACGGACGGCACACACCGCAUCACAGGCAUCAUGACGCCUGUGGUGAGGCGUGAUCCGACGACGGAGCUGAUGAAGCCAGCGGUGGCCACGGAAACGGUGCCUUUGGAGCAACUUACCAGCGAAGACAACGACAAUGCGCCCAAGAUCAUUGAAGAGAGGCCCGACAACGGCGAGUGGAACAACAAAGCCGAAGCAGCAGACGACAGCUCCACGGCGACCAUCAGGAUAGACGGAGGUGACGGUACUGGGCGACGAGUAGCGGCGAAGCGGUAUGAAGCUGGACGUGGUGGCGAACUGCUGAACAUGAACCUGUAA